AUGAAUUCCAGAUUUUCUUUGGCUAAGAUUUUAUUCCUCUUUGGAAUUUUGGUUUUACCAGUUUAUGGCACAGCAGAAGUAGGAGCUGGGGCUGCAAGUGUUGCUCCUGCCGCUAUGGCAAAAAGUGCUGGAUUAGCCGGUGCAGGUGGUGUCGCAUUAGGUGCAGGUUCACGAUUGAUUGCAGCUCGAGUAGGUGAAACAACUGCUGGUGUAGCAAGUACUGUCAGUGCUGGAAUCAAUGGAGUGGCACUACGAACAUUAGACAAUAUGGCUGCAAUUUCUUCUAUAGUCACCGGUACAGCCAUAUUAACAGAUGAAUUAACAGUGUCAGCAGCUGAUAUGGUUGAUGCAGUUGUAGCCAGAGGAUGUUCUGAAAUUAAUGCAGUAGCUCAAAGAGCUGGUGGUGUUGCAAUGGCGUCAGUCCAAAGUGGAACUGCAGCUAUAGAAAGAGAAGUACAACGAGCGUUGCAAGAAAUUGAAGCUGUAGCUAAAGAAACUGGGGCAGAAAUUACUAAUAUUUUAGAAGUAUCUGCAAAAUUGAUGCAAUCAUUAACCAAACAGGGUGUUGCUGGUUAUACAAUGGUUGAUGGUAUGUACUCAUCAUUGGCUGCCUUGGCCGAACAUACGAACAAUUUAGAACAACAUGGUUUAACAAAUAUGAUGGAUGCAGGAAUAACAUAUUUGAGCGCAACGGAAGAAGUAUGUGCAGCCGGUGGAGGGCUAGCUUUGGGAUCUGGUUUGGCCACUAGAGGUGCUAUAGGAGCUGGUGCAGCUGGAAGUGCUUUAGCAGCUGGAGCUGGUGCUGCAAGGACAGCUGCUGGUGCAGCGACUGGUGCAGCUGUAUCUUCUGCAGUAGCAGCAGGAACUGGUGCUGCGGAAAGAAUGGCAGGAGCUGCUGGAGCAGCUUCAGUUGCUGCUGCUGAUCGAGCUGGAGCUACUACAGUUGCUGCUGCGGGUGCAAGAUUAGCAACUGCAACAUUAACAGAUGCAGCUCGAAAAGUUGCCUUACAAAUUGUUGCAUCUGCUAACUCCGCUGCAAGUGUAAUUGAUGCAGCCGAUGCAGACUCCAAUGCAGCUAUACGAAAGGCUGCCAAAGCAAUUGAUGGUGUUGCUAGUGUAACAAUUAGAGACUUACAAAAAACUGUGGAUACAAUUGUAUUGGGUUUGCAAGGAUCUGUCAAGAAAACAACAUCCCAAUUAAAUAUGGCCUUAGACUCUGCAAUUAUUGGAGUUGGUUCCGAUCUAUUGGCUGUAGUCGCUACUGCAGAACAAACUGUAGCAAGAGUUGGUCGAAAUGUUGCUGGUCUAAUCCGAGAGGCUGCUGGUGAUAUCGCCAGACAAGUAGUAUCAACUUCUGUUGGAGUUGCAAGUAGCAUUGGAGGACAAAGUCUUAAGAUUGCAGCUGUUGCAGAAGGUGCAAGACAAGAUGUACGAGCUUCACAAGCUGGCAUGAGAGCAACAGCAGGUGCAGCAAAUGCUCAUUAUGGAACUGGGAUUCCGAUAAUACCAUAA